AUGGACAGCACUCUGUUGAAAUACAGCGCAAAGGACUAUUUCUUUAAGGCUGCUCUCUGUCACUUCUGUGUGGACAUGCUGAAUGCUAAGCUUGCUGUCCAGAAGUAUGAGGAAAUGUUUCCAGCCUUUUCAGAUUCACGUGAAUGCAAAUUGGUGAAGAAACUUUUAGAUGCCUUUGAGGAACAGAACGUGGAUGCCUAUACUGAUGCUGUAAAGGAGUAUGAUACCAUCUCACGACUGGAUCAGUGGCUCACCACCAUGCUGCUUCGUAUCAAGAAAUCCUUACAAGAUGAUGAAAGUGACCUUCGCUAAGAUCCUCUUCCUCACCUGUGCCCCUUUGCCACUUGCUCUGCCUCGUGCCUUUAACACCGUGACUUCAGUAUGAUGGUCGGCUAUCGCCAUCUCUCGCUCCCUUUUACCACCAACUCAACUCUCAGUGCCUUAACGUCCUUGCUUUACCUCUCUCUUUCUAUGACACGGCCGUACCGCCAAACCUCAGAGAACACUAAAGAAAGGAAGGCUGUUGUUUGAAUGAGAUUUGAGGGAUUGUGGCUUGAAAGCCGAAACCAGCCUCAGUUGUAUCAUUGGGUGCUGUGCACACCGAGCUUCAGAACCGCCUUGUGCUCUGGCUGAGAAAAUGCUACUGAGCUCAAAAAGCCUUCGUUCAUUCUGUUCAAUUCUUUAGUUCAAUUUUAUUCUUA